UUUUAGUCUCUUUUUAGGCCUGGCUUGAAGCCAAAUUAACUCUGGGCGUUCCACUAAUCGUUGGCCAAAUAUUGCAAAGUCGGGCACUGAAAAAUAGUCGAAUUGAAACAUGUGUAAAUACGUGAGAGUGGCGCAUUGCAAUGAGUAAAUUACGGUCCGUAGACGGGAUUUUAAAUUAGUGAAAAACAAUGCAGCAUGGAUCCUCCCGCAUCCCGAAACAGGAAGCUCUCCCGAACGCGAUCUCCGGGCCCGACUCCAGCAACUGGACUUCGCUGCACGAGGCGGUGGCCGCUGGCGAUGAUCGUCGGGUUGAGGGUCUCCUGUUCAGCAAUGCCGAUCGAUUGGCCAGGGAAUCCGUGCAGGGGAACACCCCGCUCCACGAGGCCGCCAGUCGCGGGUUCAGUCGCUGCGUGAAAUUGAUCUGCGCCCCCCCCACACCACCCGCUUCCUCGGGGGUGGGAAAACCAGCCAAGGGGCUGAAGGACAAAGACAAGGAUAAGAACAAGGGCAGGGUGAAGGUGGCGCACCAGACCAUCGAAGCCCUACACAAUAGCGCCCUGGGAAUUGCCAACAACGAAGGGUUGUCCGCCCUGCACUUGGCCGCUCAAAAUGGUCACAAUCAGAGCUCCAGGGAACUACUCUUGGCCGGCGCCGAUCCCGAUGUCCAGAAUAAUUAUGGAGACACUCCGCUGCACACCGCCUGCAGAUAUGGACAUGCAGGAGUCUCUCGAAUCCUGCUCUCCGCCCUUUGCGAUCCGAAUAAGACGAAUCUGAACGGUGACACCGCUUUGCACAUCACCUGUGCCAUGGGUCGGAGAAAGCUCACAAGGAUUCUUCUGGAGGCAGAUGCUCGGCUGGGCAUUAAAAACGCACAAGGCGACUGUCCCAUGCACAUAGCGAUCAGGAAGAACUACCGAGAAAUCAUCGAGAUCCUGAACACGCCGAAGAAGAUACGGAAUCGCAAGGAGAAACCCAAGGAGGGCGGCAGCAGGUCGGACAAGGACAGAGAUCGAGAAAGGGAUGUGGUUGACAAGGGUAUCAACUGGUCACCCUAUGGCUGCCAUUACUUUCCCGAUCCGCGCGCCUUUCCCUCACCAAAACUGGAGACACUGCCUAAGGAGCCACUUAAGUCGGGGGAGCAAUAUUUCCUGGACUUGGCAGGACAUAUUCACAAGGGUCCGGUCAGCGUGGGCAACACAUGCUAUUGCGGUCCCUUCUUCCGACAUAUUGAAAACAAACUGAAUUGCAAUAGAAAGAGUUUAAAGAAGUACGUUCACAAAACCAAGGAACGUUUGGGUCACAAAGUUCAGGCAUUGGCAAUCAAAACGAACGAUCAGAUUGAACAGCUCACAAGAACGAUGAUCGAGGACAGACUGAGAUGCGAGAGCAAGAGGCAGCACCUCAGUGAGUUCCUGAGAAGAGGUGAACCUAUGCGGUCCACCUUCGAUCAGCAGAACAAAAACACAAGGAUCGAAAGAACAAUGUCCAGAUGCCGCAGUCUAGAGCUCUUGGAAAACAAUCAUGAAGGUGGUAGGCUCACCAACUCACGGAGUGUGGAUGUCCUCGAAGAUCAGGCAGUGGAAGCUAUAGUACACCGAUCAGCGGAGGUCCAGCUGGAUAGUGACAGCGAUGAAGAUUCCAAUGAAGCUGCAGAAGAGGAAGAUGCAGAAGAGGAGGAUAAGGACCAGGUGGAAGGGGCGGCGGAACCAGAGGCGCAACUGGAGCACUCGAAGUUAGAUGAACUCAAGCUAGAUUUCCUGAAAGUAUCCGAAAGACUGGGAGUCCUUUUAGAGAAAACCACACUGAUCAUGGAAAGGGACAGCGAACAGGAGGACAAGCACCAGCUUUCUUCCUUAUCGCCACCCUAUAAUCCCCAUCCUAGAGCAGAGUCCGCCCAGCUACGGGACGACAAAGAGAGUGUUAAUAGUCCCAAUUUCGACGAGUAUGCCAACGUAAUGCGGCGUUAUCCGAACUCCAGUGGGACCUCAAAUCCCUCCCAGAACUCCAAUAGCUGGGACUGGGAGGCAUCCCCCACAGGCAGUAAUCCUCAGCCAGAUUACAAUAAGUACUACCAGCGUAUUGGGAGAGGAGAGAACAUGCUGAACUCCGUGAUAAAGGCGCUCCGGAAAGAUGCCUCUUUCGCGGAUCUGGGCAAAGAGGAGACGGCUGUCAAUGAAACUGCCGAGGGAAUGGGAGGCGACAAGCUGCUGUACAAGGAGCAGGCAAGCGAGGCGGCAGGUAUCUCCAAUCUGAUGAAACGGCAGCCGCUGUGUUUAGAAGACAAUUAUCCCGUCAUGUCGAAUUUAUUUUACUCCAACCCCAUCAUGGAGUACGCCGAGGAAACAGAAGUGAGGCAAAAUGGCAAUGAAAAUAUGAGUAAGGUGGAGAUUCGGAACAGUGAAAUCAAGUGCCUAAAGAAGCCGAAUGCUGGGCAGGUAAGGGAUAUGGUGGCCCAACUCCAAAACACCAUUGACUCCAAUCGCCAGGACUUCCAGACGGCACAUGUGAUCGCGGCACGAUCACACUCCCGCUUGAACAAUAACUUCCACCACAUAGAGGGCACCUCUUCGAACCCUUCGCCCACCUAUAGUAUUCCCCACCGGACUGCCAGCCAGUUUGGACUGCCCGAGAGACACAUACCCAAAGAUGCCUACUUCCACGAACUGCCCCACCGUCCACCGAUCCCACAAACCCCGCAGAGAAGGAUGCAUUCCGGCUACGUACCAAAUGCGAGUCUCUAUCGCAGUGAAGAUCUAUACGUGGGAAGGAUACCACAACCAAAUGCUCCUCCGAGACAAGGGGACUACGUGGAUGCGGUAACCUACAGGCCGCUACAGUCCCCCACCUUUCAGGCCAUUGUGCCGCCCCAUGUUAACCAUCGGCCAAGAAACUGGCCUCAUCCGAAUCUUCCAACCAAUGAAAUCGAUCUGGACGAGGUGUCUGCCGUUGGCCUCUACAACAAUGUCUCGAGUCUAGUUUGAGUUUGGUAAUCCCUCAGAGGUGCCCAUUGUACAUAGCAAAUCUUAUAUAUUUAUCUUAAUUGUAAUCAAGUUUUAAACUACAAAGAAAAGUUAACUUAUUUCCAACUGAUGAAUCUAAUCUGGGUCUAAAAUAUAUAAAUAUAAUACAAAGUUA